GAGUGAAAGCAAACGUAAAGUCUCCAUUCUUUUUAGUUUUAGAGAUAGUCUUUAAGUGGAAACUUUCUGCGUUCUAUAGAGCAUUAUUUGUGCACUUGUGUUGUUUUUCCAAGAAGACAGAGUAACUUGAGCUUGCUUUGGACCUGUAAAGAUAUUAGCUUUAACCAUUAGUCUCUUGUACCAUGGAGAAGGAAAAUCAGCUGGUGCAUGAGAGCAGCUAGUGAAGAGCAAUGGAUUGAAGAUUGUGAAGAAUAUUAUACUUUUUAUGUAGGUUAAUGUAGUUGUUCAGUCACGCUCUUUGUGUGAAAUGUAUUUCAAGAACACUUGGAAAAUAAUGAGAUUUGAUUCUCAGCACCAAGGAAAAGACAUAUCUUUCUCAACAGCAAUGCAGCACGCAACUUGACUUUGAAAGUGACGUUAUCUCACAGGUCUACCAUGGAGUUACACAGUACCACACCGAAGUGAAAGUAUAGCCAUUGGAAAAUAAACAGAGAUAUACAGUAACACCCAAGGUAGACUACAGUACAGACUUAGUGAGUUAUUUUAAAGUCAGAAAAUGUCUUGGAUUUCCUUUUGCAAUGAAACCAGCACCUCUUUCACGUUACGUAGCUGGCCUUAUCUGUGCAAGUUCCUUGAUUUCUACACUGCUGAUUUUAAAAUUAUUUACCUCUACGAGCCACCCUCAGGUUUACGCCGGCAGCACACUCAAGCAAAAAAGUGAUGGUUUUCUUAAGGACUCGAAGCUCAAAGUUUUAAUGCAUAGAACGGGAAUAGAUUUUAAAUCAUUGCUGAGGACUAGCCUGGAACCUCCAAUUUGCCUGAGGGGUCAGACUUUGAUGAUACUUGUAACAUCAGCCCCAUGGCAUUUAGAGCAAAGGAAUGCAAUCCGCAGUACCUGGGGAAAGAAGGAUGGAGGCAAUGCAUACUCUUGGCAAGUUUUAUUUCUGAUUGGUCACCGCUCAGAAUUGGGUAUUCCUCAGGAGUUUGUACAAGAGCAGCGUGCCUAUGGUGAUAUUCUGAUGGGGAAUUAUGCUGACUGUUACAGAAAUUUGACUCUUAAAGUGAUGCAUGGUUUUAAGUGGGCUGUAGACAACUGUGAGCCCCAGUUCAUUUUAAAAACCGAUGAUGACUGCUUUGUGAACACUGACAGGCUGCCUCGCUUUUUAGCUGAGCACAAUAAUUUCAAAAACAAUCUCUACGCAGGGUCUUUGUUUGCACAAGGAAAACGAGAUGUGAUCCGAGAUCCUCUCAGCAAAUGGUACGUCUCCAAAGAGGACUACAGGGAAGAUGAGUAUCCUCCAUAUGCCAGUGGAAUUGGUUAUGUACUUUCAGAAGAUGUUGUCCAGCAAAUCUUAAAAAUAGCGGAAUUUAUCCCUCCUGUUCCUAUGGAAGAUGCAUAUGUUGGUAUUUUGGCAAAGGAAGCUGGGAUUUCUGUGAAAUCAAGCGGACGUUUCACAAAGCACAAUGUCAGCUGGCGAGUGUGUAAUUACAGGUACCUUAUGGUCAUCCAUCACCUGGAUACUAUAGAACUUCAACUGGCUCAGCAAAAUAUGAUUAAAGCCAGAACUGCCUGUUCUGAAACACAAGAAAUCACACGGUGGAAGUAAGGCAUAGGCUUCAUAUUAUUAAUUUGAGCUCUCAUUGUGCAAUGGAUGUAUCAAAAGGUUACUAAGAUAGUUUUUAGUAGAUGCAUGUAUUGUGUUCUCUAUAAAGUCAUGUUUACAAGUGUGCAGGUACUGUAUGAUAAAUGUGAAUCAAUUUCAUUUCUACCAGAACCUUCUAAAAUCUCACCAUAUUUGAUCUUAAAGAG